AUGGGCUUGCUUAGACUCCAGGACACCUACCGUUUGGACACAAGAGAUCUUGCUGACGGUCGUAUUUACAAGAAACAAGGCAACUUAACAUUCAAUGCCGGUGACUGCUUUGAAAUCGCAAAGGCCGCCUAUAAUGAUAACGACUUCUAUCACACGGUUAUGUGGAUGGAAGAAGCAAGAAGGCGUCUCCAACACGAGGACGAACCAACUGCGAACCUUGGCCAGAUCCUUGAAUAUCUCGCGUACUCGCUCUUCAAACAAGGAAAUCCAAAGCACGCUCUGCAACUGUCUGAAGAACUAAUCGCAUUAGAGCCAAAUCACCCUCGUGCGAGCGGAAACGUCAAGUUUUACGAAGACUAUUUGGCCAAAGAAGGUGUCAAAAAGAUUGACAUGAGAAGAUCAUUGGGUCGGGUGCUGAAUGAACGACCGCAAAGUGUCUUAGGCAAUAAAGAACGUACGAUCUACGAGGCUUUGUGUAGAAACGAAGUGCCUGUAAGCGAGAAAGAUAUAUCGAAACUCUACUGCUACCUCAAACGUGAUCGGCCUUUUUUGGUGUAUGCACCAAUCAAAGUUGAAAUCAAGCGAUUUAACCCCUUAGCUGUGCUUUUCAAAGAAGUGAUUAGCGAUGAAGAGAUCAAGGUGCUUGAAGAGCUAGCCAUACCUAGAUUGGCUCGAGCUACCGUCCACGAUUCCGCUACGGGUAAGCUUGUCCAUGCUACGAACAGAACAGCAAGAGGUUGGGAGCAUGAAGUGGUGGACCGUCUCAACAAACGUAUCGACCUGAUGACCAACCUUGAAAUGGAAACCGCUGAAGAACUGCAGACCCAAAAUUAUGGUGUUGGUGGCCACUACGAUCCUCACUUCGAUCACGCAAGAAGGGAAGAAACGGAAUCAUUCAAGUCUCUCGGAACAGGAAACAGAGUCGCUACCAACGAUGCUCUGUUUUGGUACAAUCUGCUCAAGACAGGAGACGGCGACACAAGGACUCGCCAUGCUGCCUGUCCAGUGCUGCUUGGAGUGAAAUGGGUCACGAAUAAGUGGGUGCACGAAAGAGGGAACGAAUUCCGUCGUCGUCCUUGCGGCCUAAAGAUGGAUAGAUGGUGA